AUGGAAGACAAGACACCUUUGGAAACCUUACAAUUGACAUGUCAAGAGGCGGAAGCUUGGAGGAUGGCACAGAUGGUGGAGACAACCUUUACGGCUGAAGAAAACAACCACGCAACAGCUCCUCACGUCACAGUCGAGUUGCCCUGGCUUUGGAGGUGUCAAGUCGACGCGUCAUGGCUGGAGACUAGUGAUGGAGUUGGAAUGGGUUUUAUUCUCUAUGAGCAGGAAACAGAAGUACUAAGAGGACAUGGCAAAAGAUCACAGACAGAUUCUCCACUUCACGCAGAGGCAGAAGGCUUAUGUUGGGAGAUGAAGGAGAUAAGAAACCGAGGCCUGGCUCGGGUUUACUUUGAAUCCGACUGCCAACAGCUAGUACACAUUAUCCAACAGAAGAAAGAAUGGCCUGUACUAGAACCAGUAUUGGACGACAUCCAAGCUAUUAAAUCUUCUUUUGAUGUUUUUUUCUCUUAA